GUGCCCCGUGUCGCAUCUGUCUGGCAAUCCGUCAUUCCAAAAGCCUUCAGAAGACCUGAUGAUCCCGUCUCUGUCGCCGAACGUCAAAAGGCGCAAGCCAUGAAGUCCAAGGAGUGGAACCCUGCAACUUUCUUCAUUGUCAUUGCACUUUUGAUUGGCUCCAACGCCAUUCAGAUGAUCGCUUUGAGAAAUGAACGCCUUAGCUUCACGCGCAAGACGGAUGCAAAGAUUGCUCUUCUCAGGGAAACCAUUGAACGCGUACUUCGUGGGGAAAAUGUCGACGUUGAGCGCGUUCUGGGAACUGGCGAUCCGGAAAAGGAGAAAGAAUGGGAGCAGGUCAUGCAAGAACUCGAGUCGGACAACACGCUGUGGAAGAACAAGAACAAGAAUAAACGUGAGGCUGCUGGGAAGGAA